AUGCGUUUCGUAGUUAAAGAUCAGGCACAUGAAACAGUAGCCGGACUAACAAUCACGUGGUAUGGACCACCGCUUCUGGAGUUCAAAUGGAUCAGAAAAUUAAGAUCAAACUCUUUACCUUCUGUCUGGAACCGUAACGAUGAAAGGACAAUAAAGGUUAGAUAAUUUGUGAAGUAAAAAUCUGUAUCUUAAAAAAACAAAGACAUAACAGCUCUUUUUUGUGAGCUAGGUUCGUCAGCGGUUCAUCAGACGCCAAUGAAAUGCACUAUGGCGGAGCUCGCAGCGCACACGCAGCGAUGCCCUAUACCUAUAAAAAAUUGAGAGUGAUAAUACGAAGGGUAUGAUUGUGCUCAGCUUGCCACAGAUUAGCACAUCUCACUGUCCUCCUUCAUAGAUUGUUUUAGUUACGCCCAUUAGAGAGACAAGAGGGAUUUUCUCUUAAAGAAGAAAGAAAAUGUUUGAAUCUAAACGGGUAAUACGAAGACAAUUCUGCAGAAUUAUGACGAAACCCGUCGUCAGGUUCUCUUUUCUUCAUCGUUCGAGGAAGUAGGGAGAAAACAGAGGAAAGUGCGAACGAAUACAGUAAAAAUUGUCGUUAUUUAAUUUUACUGAACAGGGGAAAAAGCAUGAUAUAGACGUGAGCUUGAUUGUGGACCAAUCCGUAAGGAACAGCUUUGUUCUACAUGAGGGAUCGAGUCCUCAAGCUCUUGUCUUGCCUUAAAUUCCAUUUUUAUUUUGUCUUUUAGUUUGAGAAUUUCAACAAUACUUAUGCGUACGCUGGAGUGAAAAUCAAUGCUGCUCUCGACCCAAGAAACAUUUCACAGCCAGGGCAAAAACACAACCUUACAACAUGGUUCCGGACUCGAUACACCUUAAUAAGGAAUCAAGUUCACAGCGAGGAGUUGGAGCAGUGGUUUCCCUGCCCUCAGAUUUUCUACACUCCUAGUAAGUGUCUUAUAGGUAUAAUCACCCGUUACGUUGCAUGAUCUCUUUCAAUGAUCGUUGUGUAAUUUAAAUUAAGAAUGAUAUUUUGGCGGAUCUUGUUCAUCCGUUCUCGAAAGUAAUAUUUCUAUAAUUACAGUUAUUCUUUGUGUUUUGUAUGUAUCAGAGACCUUAAGCCCAUCUGCAAGUGUAUUCUAACAAUGGAAGUUAUCACUAAUUUAAGCCUUUACUGCUUUAGAUUGUCUAUUACACGGUCAUAUAUGUAUGCCACUGUUUUGCAUAGAACACAGUCGAGGUGUCAAAUUUCAAGGUUAUGGAAAUAGCUAAGUGAGAAUGUAAGCGCAGAACCUCUUUGAUGGUGAUUAGCUGUUGUUGGGGUUUCAGUCGAUAAUCGUUAAACUUAGAUUUAUAGUGAGAGUUGGAGUUGAUCAACACACUUUAGACUUUGUUGCGGCACGGUAUGAUAAAUUAAAGAAGAAACCUUGUGAUCCAAGACUUUUAGUAUCAUCCGCUUAGCGAGUUUGCUCAUGCUUUUUCCGCAUAACGUUCCAACAUCAUGUUAAAGCAUAUUCCUACACAGUCAUAUCGAUAUUGUGCAAAUUCUUUUAUAAUCUGACAUAUAAGCUCAGUGCUACUUUAAAUCAUGAAAUAUGAGGUUACUCUGACGACCUGGCGCUACAGACUUUUAAAACUUCAGAAUAGCUAUUCAUAAUGAGUUUAGUGUACGCCAAAAAUGCUGCUUCUUAAUAAAACAAAAAUAAUUAAGAUGAUAUUGAUAAUCAUAAUAAUGCCUUAUGUCUGUAAAAUAAUACACUACAGAAGAAGGCAAAAUGUGGUAACAACGUCAGUGAUACGCUCUGCUGCGCCUCGUAUGCAACUUUUUUGUUCGUACCAAAUUUUGACUUAAUCUGUGAUCUAUUACUGAACAGACUCACGGAGGCAUGGAGUCUACUUGUUUUAUACGAUAAUAGAAGCAAAAUGUUGUUGAUGAUUACGUCAUCUAUGCCUCCGUACUCCAAAAGAUGAUAAGUAAUAGGAGAGAACCAAUCAAAAAGCAUAUAUAAUUCAGUUCAUAUCUUAUCAGAUAAAUCAGUCUGAUAUAUUAUGAUUGCCUCCCAGAUUGCCGUGGAUUUGGGUCACUCCACAGUCUACUAAAAGAGAGUCAUUAUUCAUCCUCUUCACUGCUUAAGAGUGAAGAUCUGUUGAGCGGACGCUCACCUUUUUAUUCCAGGAUCAAUAAACCAACUUUUUGGACGACUGAUGGCGAUAGAUCUAGAAGUAAAGAUGAGUUUAUUACAGUGGAAUUUGUCAAAAAAGUUUGCUUUGAAAUGGUGAGUGAGGGCGUGGACUCCAUCCUUAAUCCAAAUUGCAGACGCAAGCCGCUGAGACAUGUUUAACAAAUUAAAGAGAGCGAGAGCCGCUUAAAUCUUCUUUUAAUAAAUUUUCGGGCCCAGUCGUUCAAAGAGCGAAUAGCGCACUCCCACGGAUAAAUUGCUAUCUAGCGACCAGGUGUAAAAAAAAGGAACUGGUACCGGCAAUACGUUAUCCGCCGGAUGGGGAUUUAUCUAGUGAAUAGUUACUCAUCUUUGGACAACCAGGUCUCGGUUGUUCAAAGGCUGGAUAGUGCUAUCCACCGAAUAAAUCACCAUCCAGCGGUUAAGUGUUUAUAAACGUACUCUGACGCUAUCCGCUGGAUAACAAUUCAUUCAGUGGAUAGGGUUAUCCACCUAACAGGCAACCAUGACCAGGCCUUUGUUGAUUUGGAUAACGAACCGAAUGUAUUUGGAACCAAAACUUUGUGUUUGAUGAAGAUUACAUAUAAGCAUAAAAAAAUACAGGUUUCUUCUUGUUAAUUUCUUUUUUUUAUGUGUACAGUUAUUUAAUUUUUUCUAUCAGGCUAUUUAUCACCGCACUGUCCUUCUAUCACUAAAUACAACGCUUGAACAAUCAUCAAAUCGAUUAAUUAAGAGCAUGUGCAUAAAAAUUUAAACCAUCCGAAAUCGUCAAACCUAAGAGAAAGAGAUUCCAAUACCGCCCGGAUUUUAAUGCGUCAUUGUUUAUCGAGAACGUUUCAAUAAAACAUGUAAUUUUUUUUUUCUUCUUCAAAAGCUGGCUGUAAAAAGAUUUGACGAGGACAGACUUAAAUCUUUUCGCCUCUAUAUCAGCGAUGAUGAAAUUCACUGGAAAAUACAUCCUUACAAAGGAACUAUCCUGGUAAGGAUUAAGAGUAUAUGUGUUUCAUGCUCACUGGUUAACAGUCGUUUCGAACCCACGAUCGUUUCGUACCAAGUCGACUCGUACCCAGUUGGUCAGGUCGUUUCGUUCUAUACCCAUACUUAUCAAGUGUGAGGUAUUUUAAAUAAAUGAAUAUUGGAACGGAUACGAAUCGACCAACGCUUCGGGAAGGAACCAACUCAAGCUGAGAAUGAGUCAUCUGGAUUUGGGUACGAAUCGACUGAGAACAAAAUAACUGGAUACCUGUUGACUAAGCAUCCCCCUAUUGCCAAGAAAAACUAAUGAUUCUUUUAAUAAUUCAAUAUUUUGUUAUUGCAGAGCUAUUGUUUCCACCAGGAAAGUUUUAGGAUGAAAUUUUUUUGUGUGUUCUGUUUGUUAAUUAAGUGUUUCGGUUACUCGUGCCCACUACCUGAACAAAAUGGUCUGGCUAUUCCGUCUUUUAUCAGCUUUUUUUGUUCAGUGGCAUGUUCCUGGUGUUCAUACAACUAAUAAAACGGAGUGAAAUAAUAACGGGCGCGAUAGCAGCGGCAGAGCCAGAACGAGAGAGGCCCAAGCCUCACUCUUUUCCUCGCUCCUCCGCCACCGUAAUCGCGCCGUUUACUAACUGAACGCUGGAACAGUCUAGUUUUUCAGAUUCUGGUACUUCAUUCACAUUUUACCGACACCCUAAGGUGCGGUAAAAAAAUUAUUGUAGUAAUAUUAAUGAUAACCAUAUGAUAAAGAUGAUGAUAGUGAUAUUUAUAAUUAUGAUAAUAAUAACAGCGAUAAUAAUAAUAAUGGUAAUGAUAGUGGUAAUGUCAAAGCUAACUGAUUACAGUAUAAUGAUAAUAAGAAUUGCAGUGCAACAAUAACAAUAAUGGCAAUAUAAAAAACGAUGACGUUUAUGUCAAUAAUGAUGAUGAUGAUAUGAUGAUGAUGACGAUGAUGAUGAUGAUGAGAAAAUAUUACAUUGAAUUAAUUUUAUUCACCAGACAAUUCCAGCACAUUACGACUAUGACAAGAUCUCCAUCUUCGCUAUUGAUCCACCUGUCAAAAGUCGUUUUCUCCGGAUAAACCCGAAUGCUUGGAUACAACAAAACAAAAUGAAGUUUGAUCUCUACGGUUGCAUACUGGAUAAUGUCACCACAAAAAGCCCUCUAGGUAGGAGCGUUAUAACUGCUUUCUUAAUGUUGGAGACGUACGUCGUUUUCACAUUAGCUAAACAUGUUUUUCACAUUAGCUAAAUCAGUUUUAAUUGAAUACAAGUCAUCGUAAAAGAACUGGAAGAUUAAACUUUACAUAGGGUUCAAGUAAUCACUGACUUUUAUUUUCAUUUUGUCAAAUUAAUUUUGAACUCGGCUAACAAUUUCAGAUUGUGUUUCACAAAACAGCUUGUAAGCGUGUCACACCUAGCUUUGGUGUAAAUGGGUUGUUAGUUUAAAGCUCAAAUGAACGAUGGCAAAGUCGUCCAACAAAACAACACGCUUGGCUUUUUUACCUGACGGGCAGAGUUUUUGGCAGUUACUCGCAGAUUAUUUUACUUUUAGCUUACCAUUGAAAAAGAAAAAAAACCGUAACUGCCCCUAAAACCUCUGCAUGUUUUGCGCAAAAGAAAAAAAGGAUAGCUGACAUGUUCUGAAGAUGUAAAGAGGGAACAGUUUUGUAGUAAAAGGUGAUAUUAUUCACACAAGCGUGCCCGCAAAAAAAAUUUCCCAAUGUUAUCACGAAGAAUCAAACCACGAUCUCCCGAUUAGGUUUUCGGACGUUCAACCACCAAGCCUUACGAAACUCGUGGUUGACAAUAGCUAGCGUUUAACUAUUGCUUUGAGUUUGAAGACCAGACGUGUGCGCCAGUUAGGAUCACAUUUUCUUCAAAUUUUAAAUGUUUCUCCAAAAGCCCUGGUGCAAAAUUAUUCUAUCGUGUUUUUGCCUAGGACCGAAAAAGCCCAGAAAGGAAUUAGUUUCUCUCUGAUUUUUUUUUUACGUUUUUUUUUUGUUAAUUUGAUUUUAAGACUUUGGAGAGCCUUUGGGACUAGAGUCAGGAAAGAUACAAGAUGAUCAGCUUUCUUCUUCCUCAUCUUCGUAUCCCGGGUUCGAGCCGUUUAAGGCAAGACUAAAUUCAGGUGCAGCAUGGUGCAUGCAAGAGAACAGCUAUUCGGAGUACCUACAGAUUGAUUUACUCACACCACACGUGAUUCAACAGGUUUGUUCACCUUUAGAGGGUUUGUGUCUCGUUUUAAAUUGCCAGGAACAAAACAACUGAAGAGAACGAGCAAACUUUAUCUGCGGAUCGAAACGGACCAAUCAUAUUCGUCGCAUACCACGUCAGUCCUUAGGAAAAACCAUCGCUGAAAAAACUGACCAAAUUUUAUAUUAAAUUCUCUUGGCAGAUAAAAUACCUACCAAUUUGGGUGCCGUUUUAAAUGUCCUCAGCAGCCUUUCACUUUUGAUAUUUGUCAUUUUGGAAAACAAUCUCGUGACCAUUACUCUUGCCAUGGGGCAGGUAUGUUAAAAUUAGUACAGCAUUUUAGUGGUAAAAGUCAACGAAGAACAAAGAAAAACUUCAUGCUUGGCAUUUCCAUAUUUCUUUAUGCUCAGCGUAAAUUCUCUUUAAUUGCGUCCCCACUUAUUAAGUUUCUUCACCUUAAAUUUAUCUUCAGAUCGCGACGCAAGAUAAAUAUAUUAACGAGCAUUUCCAACCCAUGUGGAGUGUUAAAUUAUAUUAUCUGCGGUACAGCUUGGAUGGAAGCGAGCCAUUUGAGUACUACAGGCAUAACGGUGUUCAGAAGGUAUAUAAAGCAGCCAACGCUUACAAUAUAUAGAUUUAGCCAAGCCUAAAAGCGGAGCUAGCAACCUUUUUUUUCCCGCACGUCUCAAGGGCACAACGCCUUGUCCCGGCCAGGACUAGAACCCGGGUCGUCCGACUUGGAGCCCAGUGCACUGACCACUGGACCACUGGACAAAGCCGUGGCGUCGGCGUGCCCGCGAUACAGUUGACCACGCAUGUUAAAAGUAGCACCUUGUGCGGUCGUACGGUCGUACGGUCGUACGGUAGUAGGGUCGUACAUCCAAUUUUUUUCGGCUUGAUAGGUCACUACUAUUUUGUAUAAUUACGGGGUUACGCGAGCUCCGCUACAAUCUUUUGUGCUUUAGUGGGCUUUACAACACUCUGGAGAGGACUUUUAACAGACUGCAUUGAGCAGUUUGCAAUUUUUGAAAGGAAACUUUGUAGGUGUCUCCAAUUUGGGAAACAAGGCCUGACCAUAACACCGGGAGUUACUUUUCCUACUCUUUGCGAGACAGAUGUAGGUUCUUUUACUUCCCCUACCAUUCAGUAGAGAGGAGAUGCAGGAGAAGGGGUCUACGGUUUAUCGUCCUUAUUCGAGAAUGCUAAAAUGUCUAACAAUUUGAAGAUGUUAUGGCAAAGACCGCACAUUGUCCUCAGUUAAUUUAAGUGUGACCAGUUAAUUUAAGGUGACCUUGCUUUCUUUUAUCUUAGGUUUAAGAUAUUCUAAUCUAUAUUUAUUCGAGGAAAUCUCAUUGUUAUGUCUCAUUACGCUUUCUUUUGUUUUGUAGAUUUUCCUUGGAAAUCUAGUAGCAAAUGUUGCAGUGAAACACCGGUUAAUUCGACCAAUCACAGCGCGCUAUGUGCGUUUUGAAGCUAAAGAAUUCCUCGUUCGCAUAUGUAUGAGGAUAGAGCUGUACGGCAAGAAAGUAGAUGAUUUAAACUUUGGUAAGACCUUUUGAGGUUGGCCUAGUAGCUUUUAAAAUAAGAGCCGUUUUCAAUUGGUUUUCUACAAUUCGUGCUUUUCUUGGGUAAGACACUUAUCUCACAGUGCCACUAUCCACUCAAGAAUAAAACGAAUGUCGAAUAAAUAAUUUAAAAAAGUAAAUAAAUCUUGAUUUUGUAAUUAUUAUAAGCAGUUUGAUCUUUUUAUGACAUUUACAGAAUCACCUCCGGUGAUAAAGAGAAGUUUUCUCGUUGUGCCUGACACUGGGAAGGUGUUUUUCUGCAACGCCGAUGUUGUCUCGUAGGUUACAUUUUUUUUUUUGACACGAGAAAGCAUUUUUUUAGGAGCUAUGGAUGGUACACUAUUUAUCACAAGGGAGGUGUGUUUUGUGUGGGGGGUGAGGAGGGGGACGAAGGAAGAUUUUGGGGGAGUCACAUGGUUUUCAGGGAUAAGCAGUCGUUUCUAAUAGACUAUAGCGAGGAACUAUGGGAAAUCGAAUGUCAGCUAACUGCCAGAGUUGGGGGUGAAGUAGACUUUUGACGCGAGCAUGCAUGCUAGACAUCGGAGUUCAGAGGAUGUAUGCCGCCCACUUGAAUUUUGGAGUGGUCACUUCAUGUAAGAAUCAAUAUAAUGUUCAGACGUUUCUUGAGAAUUCAUUAGUUAGAGAAUUUUGAUUUGCUAACCAAUCUUCAUGACCUCUGGUAAAAAUUAACCCGUUCCUUUCUAACAUGCUAUAAGUAAUUCUCCCUCAAGUCUGCUGUUCGAUUCUUAUUAUAUUAGUUCGGUGAAAGGGGUAUUAAUCCCCUGAUCGAUAUUUUUCUUCACUCUGAUCACUAAAGCGUAACACUGUCGAAACUAGAGAAGGUGGACGUUUGUUCAGUUUUUACACGUAACCUUAUUCUAAAACAAGAAAUACUCAACUCACUUUCUUGCCUGUGUCAUAUUUUUAUCAGGUACUGAUGGUAAUUUUUCUUUAAAUUUAUUUCAGAAAGUCUACUUCACCACGAGAACGGAAUGUCAAUUAUUGCUUCUAUUUAUCACGAAGGGACUCUGAGUCGCUGAUGGACUGGAUAGGUCAGAAACGAGUUUUUUCCUAAAGCAUGGCGACUACUACCUUUCUGCGGUAUUUUGCUAGUAACAUUUUUGGAAAGAUCAUAGGUUGAGAGCCUUCGUCCGCGUUCAGCUUGUGCCUUUAGAAGCUCGUUAUGGGAUAGACCACCAGUAACAUGAUGAGGGAGGGAAGGGGGGGAAUGAAGAGUGAUGUGUAAAAGGAGAAAAGAGGAAAAACUAUCCUCAAUAAAUUAUUAAAGAGGGAAAAUAUUCUCAGGCAUUUUCAAACACACACACACAAAAAAUAAAUAAUAAUAAUAAUAAAUCAACAAACAAGACAAAAAUGAACAAAAACCAAAGAAAGUUGAAAUACAGUUUUUUUAAGUGAGGUAGGGUUAACAAUGUUCACGACAAUUUCAACUUCAUAUAAUACCUGGGAAUUUCUAAAAAAAAAAGUUUAAACAUGGGUGGAAUAAAACUAAAAAAAUUGCAAAAAAACAAUUUUCCAUUAACCUUUCCUUUUUCCUCCAAUCUUAUUUCUCUUAAUAUUUUCCUUAAAUAACCUCGAACACAACCGUAUUUAAACUGUGUUUUGCUCUUAAGGUCUUGGUGCAAAAAUCCUAAGCAUUCUGGGCUAUGACACAAGUACAAAGACAGUUUAUGGAGUUGGGGCUAACAGAAAAACUUAUGUCAAAAGUCCGCUGGAUCUGGAGAAUGAGGUUCGUCCUCUCCAAAAUAGACUCGUGUAUGGAAUAACAGAAGAGGAGUGGAUACAAGCUAGGGAUUGUAAUUCGACAAUACUUGCCACAGAGAUUCCGUUCAUACCAUUUCAUGACGGGGCAAAGCUCCCUUCUGGAUCCUUCCAGUAUCUGAUCAUUAAGGACAAAAGCAAUAACCAAUGGGGCGGUGAGUUGUUAAAAAAAAAGUGUUUAGAACAGAGUUAAAACAAUAUGGUGGUUCACCUCUGAUUGAAGGGAUUCCUCUUCGGUAGAUUUUGGUCGGCAGUCGAUGGUCCCCAGUUGUUGACGACGAUUGUGCUGAUCCCACCAAAAUCCCCCGAAUGGUCACCAGUCCUCUGAUAAGUGCCGGUAAUAUAGCAAUUAAUGCUAAUUAGCAUUAUCACAAAUUACAUAUUAUGCACAGAGGUUUGAGUUGACAAUCAGCGGAAGAUUAUAUUAAUUUUUCUCACCGUGAUUGCUCUUUCAGUCAGUUCAGCAGGAUUGCAUUUCAAUCAGACUCUCAUUGCGUCAUGGAAUGCGAAUGGUAUGGCUAGAUUUCACUAUGUUUAAGUUCUUUUCUAACCAUUAACAUCAUUUAUAACACUUUUUUCUGCCUCGCCCUCGCCCUCGCCCUCGCCCUCACUAGCGCAAGCAACAUCAUCAUAGUUAUUUUUAGUAACAGUGAGUGGAAUACAUCUCAUGGAGUACUCGAGCUAGAGUAAAAAAGCAAACCAGUAAGAUAAAAAAUUAGGCAGUGAUCUAACAGCGCAGGUUGGUUCUUAUGGAAAAAAAAUGUGUCUUUGCCCUCGGUUGUACUCCAGACUUCGAAGACAGUUUGUUACCUUACGGACCUCUCGCCAGGUAAAUAACACAUGCAUGUACUUACCUUUUACGCCCCUCCCAUUAAGUUUAAGGCCGCAUGUAACAUUUUUCGGAAAAGUCGAUGGUCAGGAUUUUCUUGUAAACUUGUAUUUUUUUACCUCUCAGAACGGGAUAAGUGUGAGCCAAAUCGUUGCAAAAAUGGAGGGACAUGUGUAGAUCUUUACCACUCGUUCAGAUGUGAAUGUAUUAGCGGCUAUUCUGGGUACCAGUGUCAAGAAGGUAGGAUGACUGAACGGGGGAAUGACAGAAGAGCAGUGAAGGGCUAAAUUUAAUGACAUGUUUUUCAUGUUUUUCCUGUAUCAGUGUUCGACCCUUGUUCUUACCCCAGAUGUUAUAGCGGAGCCUCUUGCAGGACUACGAGAUUCAUGUCCUUUGUUUGCGAUUGUCCUGCGGGACUAACAGGACAUCUUUGUCAACAAGGUGAGAGAUGGACUCAAAAAAAUUAAGUUUAAGCCGUAAUAAAGAGCUUUCCGAGUGCCUCUACCAUUGAACAACUUUCUUUCUUGAUGUUGAGGAAAAAUGAAAUUUGAUUACAGACGAUUAUGAAAUAAGAAAGAUGGUAAAUUUGAGCUCGGUGAAGAAAUGGAGAUAGAUAUAUUUCUUCCUAUCACGAGCGUGGUAAAAGAAAAAAAUGUGAAAAACACCUUCAUGUACAAAAACGUCUUCUCUUUUCUUUACCGAGCUCAAAAUUCACUUUCUUUCUUAUUCUAUUUACAAACAUGACGCUAUCGUUUCUUAUCCUAAAUAGCAGUAUGCAGGACGCGUGUUAGAUACGAACCUUGUUCUGGCCUUGCUAACCACAGUCUUUGUGGCUCAGUGGUAUGGCAUUGAGGCGCGGAAUCUGAAGGUCUGAGGUUCGACGCCUCAUGAAGACUUAAAUAUUUCCUUUGUUUCACGCUCGUGACAAGACGAAAAACAUAUGUCUCUAUAUGAUUAUACUAAUGAAAAUGCAUCACUAGGCUUAAAAAUUCCCAUCUUCAAUUAUAUCAUCAUUAUCCAGAAGCAUUACAAAUCGAGAUUCCUAUCCUGGCAGCAUGCAUGAAGUUUGUUACCGUAGACGUAGUUAAACGGCCUGGUUUACCUUGGGUUUUAUAUAACUCAAAGGUAGAGCACCCGAGGUACCGCGAAUGGGAAGGUCGUAGGUUCGGCUGCUAUCGAUAGAACUCGGAUUGUUUUUUCUCCGAGUAUAUCGAAAUUCAUUUAUUUUUUCAAGUAUCGACGUGAUUAUCAACUUACUUUCAUAAACCACAUAUUGAUAGAUCUUUAAAUAAAAAAUGAAGGAAAAACAUGAAAAUAAAUUAUCCAUUUAUUUUUUCAGCGGAAGUGACAUCAGCGGAAGUACACAGUAACAAUUCGAUUCUGACCGAGCGGAGUGGGGUGGUAAACAGUAAUAACUCGACGAUGCACGAUGGAAGAUUUACAGUGCACAUAAAUUAUUCAAGAUUUGACGUAAGUUGAACACAAACAAGAAGUCCUUUCUUCUUUUUUCACUGUUUCUAGAUCCUUUCUUCUCAGUUUUACCUUGUUUAUUUAUUUUUUUGUUUCGUAUACUUUGUAAAACUCUUUGAAGCUAAAUUAAUAAAACCGAGUUUCUAAAUUUGUGCUUUUUCACUUAAAAUGCUAAAAUGUUGUUCCAAAUUUCGACUCUUUUUUCUUAUUUAUAAUCACCGAAAAUGGUGUUUUAGCCACUUGGCGCCUCUUUCUUGCAACUAUCGCGCCAAUUCUAGCACAGUUUUAGGUCAGAGUAACACCAAAGCGCAAAACUGUUACUGAAAAUUCCACGCCUAAUCAAAACAAAAAUUUUCUAUAUGCGAAAAAAAAAAAUCAAAUUACAAAGCCCUGCUGAGCAGUAUGUUACCUUUUUGCUCUAUAUUACCUCUGCACUGAAUUAUCUCCCUCUCAUUGUCUUACCAGACAAUUGCAUUUCUCUCUCAACCGAUUAGGAUGACGAGAAAUUUUUAACAAACAUUUUAUCAGGAAAUGAAGUAAAGCGUAAUGGCUUUUUCGCUGAAACCCGUUCUACCAUUCCAAAGAUUACGCCCGUGGAUUUUGAGAGACGGGACCCCGGCGCACCAAUCAAUCAAACACCCCUUCUGUUAGUGGAGUAUUUUAUACCCGAUUCUCAAAUGUUGUUGUUGUUGUUUUCUUUUGUUUUGUUUUUUAAAGAUUUAUUAUGACAAGACCUCCGACGGCACCGGUUGGAUUCUUAUUGCUCGUUUCUCAAACAGCGAUGCGAAAAACUGGGUCAAGUUUUCUGGCUCCUGGUGGUAUGACGUCACAGAAGCUCAAGGCAACAGCAUCGAUCCAUCUGAUAACGCUGACAUGAUAUCGCCAGCAUUUUGGCUGAUCAGCGGCAGAAAAUUUAAGAUCACGCGUAGUGAUGACCCACUACACACGCCGCUGUUACAAACCACGGGCGACUGUCUUGAGGGAAAGUCAUUCAGACAUAAAAUGCUGAAAUAUGGUUUUUUUAGGUAUGGAGCAGUCUGGGCCCGUAGGCGUUGUCAAGACGACUGUGAGGUUAACUAUGGAUGGCCUAACGAGACAACCUACGGAUUCAAACAAGCAAAAUGUGACGGCCCCUUGCAGAGUUCCGACAAAAUUGGCUUUUGGUGUGAUUGGGAAAGCGGUGGAUCCGUCAUGAUGGUUGGUGGAGGAGGAGGAACUUGUGGAGGAUCUGAUCACGGCAUUGGAAUAACAGAAAAAAAUGGUGGCGCAUCUUUUCAUAAUAUGGAACAUAAGUUCGAUUUUGGGAAUGAUGCCAAUCCUUUGAAUAAUGGCACGACUAAGAAUUAUUCAUUGAACCUAUGGAUUAACUGA